GUUGAGGUACAGGUAACUCUGGUCCAAGGACUUCAGUAGUAGGGGUAGUAGUAGUAGUAGUAGUAGUAGUAGUAGUGGGUUUCAUAAAACAUUCUCGGGGUUUUUGAGGAUGAAUUCCACGCUGAAGCACUGGAAGGAGGCGGCCACUCUGAUUUUGGCCGCGGGACACCGGCUCUGCGCGGAGGGUUUGGGGACAAGGACAGCGCCGGUAGCCGCCGGUGCUCCACUCCACUUCGACUACGAUGUCCUGCUGCUGAAACGAAGCAGUAAAAGCGGAUUCAUGCCUAAUGCGUACGUGUUUCCCGGCGGUCAGGUAGACUCCUCGGACUUUUCGAGUGAAUGGCUGGACAUUUUCACAUCCUUCAGGAGCUCCCCCACUUUUGGUUUGGGUCGAAUCAAACAACCACCAGAGACCAGACCUCCAAUGUUCGCCACUGACCGACUGAAACUAGGUUCCCCCAUCCCCGGAGAGGUUGCCUUCCGGAUCUGUGCCUUAAGGGAAACGUUUGAGGAGUCUGGUGUGCUCUUAGUUGUGCCAAAAACAGACGAGAAGAGUUUAUUGAAAAGCAUAGAGGACAUGAGAGUAAGUAAUGACAUGCCACUAACACAGUCUGGUAUGAGCACACUGUGUACCAGUGAACUGACCAAGUGGAGGGCUUUGGUGAACCAAAACCCAUCCAAUUUCAUCAGGAUGUGCAGGGAGCUGGAGGUGUUGCCCAACAUCUGGGCUUUACAUGAGUGGGGCAACUGGUUGACUCCCAAAGGCAGAUAUGGAAGUUCGAGGUUUGACACAGCUUUCUUCAUCUGCUGCUUAAAGGAGAUCCCACACACUCUUCAAGACAAAAAGGAAAUCCAGGACUUUCAGUGGUCUACACCCUCAGAGGUUCUACAGCGCUUUGGAGAGCGGGAGUUAUGGAUCGCCCCUCCACAGUUCUAUGAGCUGAGCCGCAUGUGCCGCUUUCCUCUGCUCAGUGAUCUCCACAAAUUUUCCAGCCAGCGUGCCACAGAGGGCUGCGAGCAAUGGAUGCCUGUUGUUUUAUUAAAAGAUGACCACUACAUAUCGCUGCUGCCAGGUGAUAAACUUUACCCAUUGGACAGUUCAGGAGAGUCUGUGGUGGAUUCAAGCCAGGAUCAAGAGGAUUCCCCAUUGCACCGUAUUGUGGUGAUGGAUCCAUACACUGUAAAUCUAAAGAUCACCAUCACACCCAAGUACAACCACCUGCUGCCAAUCCUUAGAUCUGCUCAGCCAAUGGACUCAAAAGCCCAGCUUUAAUUUGGACUACAAGUCUCAAAGGUCCUCUGAUCACAUACAUUGAAGGAAAAAGAAUACUGUGAAAACAUGCAACAAUGUUUCCUUGUUGAUGGUUGAAAUUUAUUUUUCUAAGGAAUCAUCUAUUGGCUGUAUUAAUUACUGUCUUUAUCUUGGACUCUUGUGCAGGUAAUAACAAGUCUGCUCAUCAACCAGUUUUAACAUUAUAUUUUUAAUGUAAUAAAUUUUGCUGACAUACUACUCCUAUAAUGACCGUCUUGUACAAGUAAAACCUCUAACUAAUUUUAGUGGUUUGACUUACAUACAAAGGCACUCUGAAAGGUUUAUCAAAUCUGGGGAGCAGUUUAUUUUAUUGUAAGCUACAGGGGGAAAGGACUUUGCCUCUGAAGUGAAGCCAGUGCUUAAGUACAGGGGUUGGACAAAAUAAUGGAAACACCUUCACCUCAAGAUGAUAAUGCCCCAAUCCAUACAGCUAGAAUUGUUAAAGAAUGGCAUGAGGAACAUUCUAAUGAAGUUGAGC